GUGGACUAUAAAUUGUUCCUCGCUUCUACUGGCUUUCGAAUCUUGAUUCUCAUCAUCUCACUCAACUCUCCUCUACUGUACCCUACUUUAUCGACACUUAUCCAGCACAUCAGAAUUAUUCAUCUUCAAAUCAACGUCACCAUUAGUUCUAUCUUGACUAUUCUUCAAGAUGGAAACGCCUCCCACUCCAACCACUCGUGAGAGUUCCAGCAGCCCUGAUCUUGACGUUACUCCUCCGCCUUAUCAGCUGAGCAGCCCAUUCACAAGGCCUAGCACUAUCAGCACAGGUUCCGAACUCAAGAACAAAUCCCACAUGCCGUUCUCACAGGCUGCUGGUGAAUCACCUAGUCUCCACAGGGAUCGAGGCCCUCUUCCCCAGGCCAAUCUGAACGCUGUCAUUGAGGAAACUCCCGCUUAUCGAGCUCCUCAGUUCCGAAUCGACCCAAUCUCUAUGUAUAUGCGCAACCAUGAGCCUUGCAAUUUCACGCCUCAAAAGCCUAUGCCCCUCAACCCGAAUGUGGCUGGGCUAGCUACAUCAGCCAAUCCUAUCCGCCAGCCUGCUGUUCCUCCUCCCGACCAUGCUGCUUCAACCAGAAGCCUGUUUCCUGGGGCCUUGGCUCCGUCUCCAGCCUUAUGGGAAGGCCUCAGGGGGCACUUCAGCCAACUCGGAAUCAACGAGCACCAAAGCAUGGCUUCCCCAACAACUCUCCCCCCUGCUCGGACACCACCUACUCCCAUCCAAGAGGCUCAGCGUCCUGUUCUCCCUCCUGUUCUCCCCUCCUGGCUCGAGGACGCUCUGAAGAAGGGACCUUUCCUCCAGAACCAAGACGACCAUCGUCAAAAGUUGACUUUGGCUGCUCGUCAAGAAAAUGCCCGUGGCUUCAGGCCCAUGGCUGCUAUUACUCGCCCUCCCAGUCACACGACCCGCGAAGAUGAAGCGCACGAGUCUAUCUUCUCCGACAACUACAAAGGAGAACAUAACACCCGAAAUGCAAGCGCCUUGAGUCUCACCCCAGAGCAGAACUGCGCCCUUUGGUUGACCAAUCUCCCACCUGAUGUUACUCAUCAUGAACUGCUUGGACAGAUCCGCAACGUCGGACGCAUCUGGUGCUCUGUCAUUAACGAGCCCGACUGGCAGCGCCACGAAACCGCAGCUGCAAAGGUCGUCUUCUUCACUCCCGACCCUGCUCAGCUUCUCCUCUCCAAGUCUCUUACACAGGGUCUUAGUGUUCGCGGCUUCCCUGUGCGAGUCACUCACAACCGCGUCAAGUAUGGGAAACAAGCCAUUAUGGGACAUGCAUCGCGUGUUCUCAUCAUCACUGGGAAAAGCACCUUUGUUAACCCCAGCUGCCUCACAGAGUUCUUCGAGGAACGCUUCGUCUUUGAGGUCGAUGAGAUCACCGAGCUCAUUGUUCAGGGUGACGCUUCAAAGGGCGGUCGGUCUGUGGUCGAAUAUCGAUUUGGAAGCUUCCGAUGCCAGGCGCAAAUGGGCAAGAUGGCCUUGGAAAAGGAUCGCCCACAAGGAUUUGAGAAGGUUGAGUUCGGAGAGGAUCCAUGUGAGGUUGGCGACACCCUCUCUGCCUAUGGUAUUGCUGCGGAGCGUAUUCAGGGAAAGGGAAUGUGAGACUGAGAGAUGAAUGAAGAACAAACGGAUUUGUGUAUGAGAAUGGAUUUCUGGAUGGGGGUAUUUAUGUUAUCUUGCUUGUUGGCACUGGGAGUUCUACCGCUAGCUCAUACCCUCGAAUGACUUCAGAACGCAUCAGAUAGAUUACGACGUAAGACACUAGAUGAAUUAGAUAUUGUCAACAGUGUUGCUGUACUUAAUUUCUCAACAUAAAAGUAGAGAUCUCCAUGGCCCGAGUGAAUGUUCAUACCAGGCGCUUUCGCCUUUCAGGUGCUCCAUGACCAGUAAGCAGCUAUCGCAACGGCCAUGUCCGUGUUCGAUGUGGCUUCGCAUUGACUU